CUGUUCCUCAACACGCAGGACAUUUGCAGACUAUAGCAGCAACAAAGAAAGCUCCUCCCUUUCAGCACAUCUGGAAGAGUGGACGAGUUGAGAGGCACAUACCAACGACUCUGUCUGGGUUUAUUUGUAUCACUGGCCUAACCAAGUCUUACACUGUGGUUAGUCAGGAAGACUCCAACUACGACUCCUCCACCUGACUUCAGACUGCAGUUUUGCUGAAACUCCACUCCAAUCUGUAAAUCAAUUUUUACCCCGUCUGUCUUCACUGACUGACAGCACCUACUAACUGCAGGAUGCCAUUAGGAGGAGGAAACAAGUGUGGCCGCUGUCUGAAGGCGGUUUAUUUCGCAGAAGAAGUACUCUGUGAUGGGCAGAGCUUCCACAGGUCCUGCUUCGUGUGCAUGGUGUGCAACAAGAACUUGGACAGCACAACUGUUGCUGUUCAUAUGGAUGAAGUUUACUGCAAGGCAUGCUAUGGCAAGAAGUAUGGACCAAAAGGCUACGGUUACGGCCAGGGAGCGGGUACCCUCAGCACAGACAAGGGAGAGUCUCUGGGCAUUACACAUGAAGAACCUGCCCCUCAUCGUUCCACCAGCAACCCAAACCCAUCCAAGCUGGCUCAGAAGUUUGGUGGGGCAGAUAAGUGCCCUCGCUGUGGCAAGUCCGUCUACGCAGCUGAGAAAGUGAUUGGAGCUGGGAGUUCGUGGCAUAAGAUUGGAUGUUUCACCUGUGCCACAUGUAAGAAGAGCCUUGAGUCGACCACACUUGCUGACAAGGACGGAGAAAUCUACUGCAAAGCCUGUUAUGGUAAAAACUUUGGCCCCAAAGGAUUCGGGUAUGGACUUGGGGCCGGAGCGCUGGCUCACACUCAGUAGAGACUGGCGAGCUCGUCGACGACACGCUGCACUACCGCGUCCAUCCUGCAGGGGACGGACUGCUGCCUGGUCACGCGCACCUGAGGGACACAUGCUUGAUUAAAAGCUGCAUUAUAGACUGUACAGUGGACAAGAUAACUCCAUGUCAGCCUCACAUUGGCUAUAGGUGAUUAUUAGCGCUGCUAUGGUAAACAUGGAUGCUUAAACAUUACAUGUGCUGCAUUGCUGGUUUGCACUCUGCUGUAACUGAAUUUAAUCACCCUCUUCUCAUUGUGAGGCUUUUAAAUGAAUGUUCCAGCAGUAUUCUUUAUGUAUUAGAGUCAGCGCUGCUUGUUCAAAUGUUCUGCUUUCCAAAAGGGCUGAUCAUAAUAAAAAUGGAAAGAUGGUGA